GUCUGAGACGGAGAGAGACCAUAGAGCCGCUUCUUUUUGGUCGUUCUCAUCGAUCGACACUAGGGGGCUCUCCUUACCCUUCGAGUUUUUUUGAAUCAUAUGUAUUCAUCGAUCGAGCCCUAAUCGAUCCUUAAGUACGAUUUCUUAUUUUGUACGGAAAAUUAAUCGAUUCGAUUCGAUAUUUAAUUAAUAAUCCAUGGAGGGUGACGCGAAAGUAGGUUCUGGUGAUCGAAAGACGAAUGACGGCGAGCAAGAACAAGGAGAGAACCCUAAUUUGAAUGAACAGGAAGCGAUUGCAUCGAAUGAGACGCUGCCACGACAGUCCUCCACCGCAAGAACCCCUUUCACUAACCUAACUCAGGAAGAAGCGGACCUCGCUCUCGCUCGCACCCUGCAAGAACAGGAAAGGGCAUACAUGCUGUUAAGUAUGAACAACAAUGGUAGCGAUUAUGGAAGUUGGGAAGGAAGUUAUUUGCAUGAUGACGAGGACGAUUUUGAUGAUGCCGAUGCUGAUACUGAUGUGGAUGAGGAUGAUGGCACUGAUGCAGAUGAUAAUGCAGAUGCAUUUGAUGUGCAUGCUCAUUCUGAUGGAGAGGCUAACAACCCCAGCAUUGAGUUUGACCCAGAUGUCUAUUCAAGUGAUGAGGCUUAUGCUAGAGCCCUUCAGGAGGCCGAAGAGAGAGAAAUGGCAACUAGAUUGCUGGCACUUACUAGGAUAAAUGAUGGAGAAGCUGAGGACUCUGAGGAUGAUGAUGGUAACUCUCAGGAUACUUGGGAAGAAGUUGAUCCAGAUGAACUUUCAUAUGAGGAGUUGCUUGCACUGGGUGAAGUGGUUGGAAGUGAAAGUAGAGGGCUUUCAGCUGAUACUAUUGCAUCUUUGCCUUCAGUAAACUACAAGGCAGGAAGUAGUCAGAAUGGAAGCAAUGAUUCGUGUGUUAUAUGCCGGUUAGACUAUGAAGAUGAUGAGACCUUGACAGUGCUUUCUUGCAAACAUUCCUACCAUUCUGAAUGCAUCAACAAUUGGUUAAAGAUAAACAAGGUCUGUCCUGUUUGUAGUGCUGAGGUCUCCACAUCAGGGCAUAGCUAGUAGGAGAUAUAACCGUCUCUUUCAGCAAGUCAGGCCACUGCAUCAUGACUUGGGGCAUACGGCUUGUUUAUUAUGCGGGCUCUCUCCUGGUGGAGGAAAGAGCAUCAUCUUUAUCCAUUAUUAUUAUUUCAAUGUAUCAUCAAUGCGUCGAAAUUCGUCUGUGUUUAAUUCAUUUUAAGGCAUUUCAGUUUAAGGGAAUUAUUAUACAAUGAUAGUCAGAUUCUGUUUCUUUUCAUCAGAAUCUACCGAAGUAUACCUUAGUGUUUGAAGAUGGGCCGUCUGUUACUGGACCAUGUCGCUUGAAAGUGUUAUUUUAAUCCAGUUUAUCAGUAUCAUGAAACUGCGAGAACAACUCUUUCUACCA